AGGAAAAGCAGCCUCACAUUUCUUAGAAAAACAUCACACUUUGUCCUUUCAGCUCAAGGCGGACUGGAGGAGAGAGGAAGGUAUUUUUUUAUUUUUUAGGAGGAGUAGGCAGAACAGCGGGGCGGAAGCAAACAGAACAAGGGGGAGAGAGUUUGAGAAAGACAGUGGGAGGUUAAAAAAAAAGAAGACAAAAACAGUCUUUUGGUGGUUGCUUACGAACAGAUAGUACCUUAAGUCAUGCUGGCUGCGUGUGUGUUUCCAUGGUGAUGUCUGGAGGGCAGACCAGCGGAGAGGCUUCUGGUGCCAGGCAGCGACGCAGGACCAGCCCGAACCCGGAGAUAGAAGACCUGGAGGGAUUUUCCUCACCACCCACUGCCCACAAACUCUCACCCAUGUACCCUAAGGAGGAGCACAGCACGGGGGGGAUCAGUUCCUCUGUCAAUUAUCUAGAUGGAGCCUAUGAGUUCCCAAACCCCACACAGACCUACGGCACCUCGUCACCCGCCGAGCCUGCCUCGGUCGGAUACUACACAGCUCCCCCGGACCCCCCUGCUGAAGAACAUCUGCAGAUCUUAGGCACUGGAUCCGGCAGCCCUCUCAUGUUUGCACCCUCCAGCCCUCAGUUGUCCCCAUAUCUGAACCAUCAUGGGGGACACCACUCGACCCACCAGGUGUCCUACUACCUGGACAGCCCUUCUAGCACCGUCUACAGGUCCAGUGUUGUGUGUUCUCAGCAGGCAGGUGUUGGUUUGUGUGAGGAGCUGUGCAGUGCCACUGACAGACAGGAGCUGUACUCCGGAUCAAGGGCCGCAGGAGGGUUUGAUUCAGAGAAGGAGAUGCGCUUCUGUGCGGUGUGCAGUGACUAUGCGUCUGGCUAUCAUUAUGGAGUGUGGUCCUGUGAGGGAUGCAAAGCUUUCUUCAAGAGAAGCAUUCAAGGUCAUAAUGACUAUGUUUGUCCGGCAACCAACCAGUGCACUAUUGACAGAAACCGCAGGAAGAGCUGCCAAGCAUGCAGACUACGCAAGUGUUAUGAAGUAGGCAUGAUGAAAGGAGGUAUUCGUAAGGAGCGCGGAGGCCGCGCUAUCAGGCGUGACAGGAGGAGGAGCGGUAAUGAAGAUCGUUUCAAGAGCUACAGUGAGCACUCAAGCCGCACCGGUCUGAGAACAGCUCCUCCGCAGGACAGGAGGAAGAAGAGCAGUGGUGGUGUGGUCAGCGCUCUAUGCAUGCCUCCUGACCAGGUGCUGGUGUUGCUUCUGGGGGCAGAGCCGCCAGCUGUCUGCUCACGACAGAAACACAGCCGCCCAUACACCGAGAUCACCAUGAUGUCCCUGCUCACAAACAUGGCUGACAAAGAACUCGUCCACAUGAUCGCCUGGGCUAAGAAAGUACCAGGCUUCCAGGAUCUCUCUCUGCACGAUCAGGUUCAGUUGUUGGAGAGUACUUGGCUGGAGGUGUUGAUGAUCGGCCUCAUAUGGAGGUCUAUUCAUUCACCUGGAAAACUCAUCUUUGCUCAGGAUCUCAUCCUCGAUAGGAGUGAAGGAGAAUGUGUCGAGGGGAUGGCUGAGAUUUUCGACAUGCUCUUGGCGACUGUGACUCGCUUCCGUAAUCUCAAACUCAAGCUGGAGGAAUUUGUAUGUCUCAAAGCCAUCAUACUUCUCAAUUCUGGUGCAUUUUCAUUCUGCUCCAGUCAAGUGGAGCCCUUGAUGGACAGCUUCAUGGUGCAGUGCAUGCUGGACAACAUCACUGAUGCCUUCAUUUACGGCAUCAGUAAAUCAGGUGCCUCGCUGCAGCUGCAGUCCCGCCGCCAGGCCCAGCUCCUGCUGCUGCUCUCACACAUCAGACACAUGAGCAACAAAGGAAUGGAGCACUUAUACCGAAUGAAAUGUAAGAAUCGAGUCCCGCUGUAUGACCUUCUGUUGGAGAUGCUAGACGCCCAGCGAUUCCAUUCUUCAGGAAAGGUGCAGCGACUGUGGGCACAGAGUGAGAAAGACCACCCAUCUACACCCACAACCAGCAGCAGCAGCCCCUCCAGAGGUCCUGGAGCCAUGCUGUCCAACACUGCCUCUCACCCCUGCUGUGUACAAUCUCAAGCAGUCAGUGCUGUCUCUCCUUGUGCCUUAUCAAAGUCCACUUUAGAUUCUGAAAGACCCAUCUAGAAAUGAACCUGUUAAAAAUUAUAUAUAAAAAAAAACAUACCUGUAGAAAUGGACAGGUUAAGUCUUCAGAUAAGAACAAGGCUCCCAAACACUAUACAUCUGUGGUCACUUGAUUCAUUAGCUUUGAAAGACAUUUUGAAAAAAAAUAAAAAGGGCUCUUGGGCCUUUGUGGCACGCUGAGAGACAGAUUAAUGUA